CCAAAGAAAAACAAAUCAUGAAAAAGAAAAGACCGUGGAAGUGGAAGUGAAGCCUGAGGCAGCAAAGGAAUCAUAAUCCCACUGUCACAGAAAUUUCUUACUCAGAUAUAUAGAAAGAUAGAUGGAAGGAGAGAGCGAAAUAGAAAAGGGGAAAUAUGCAGCUGAUAUUUCGUCCAUAAAGGAAGCACAUGACAGAAUCAAACCAUUUAUUCUCAAGACUCCAGUUAUGUCGUCCACCUCUCUCAAUGCCUUAUCGGGAAGGCACCUCUACUUUAAAUGCGAAUGUUUCCAGAAGGGUGGAGCCUUUAAAUUUCGAGGUGCCUGCAAUGCUGUUUUCUCGCUAGACGAUGAAGAUGCUUCUAAGGGAGUUGUAACACACAGCAGUGGAAACCAUGCUGCAGCGUUGGCUUUGGCCGCGAAGCUACGGGGAAUCGCUGCAUAUAUUGUUAUUCCUAAAAAUGCUCCAACCUGCAAGGUUGAGAAUGUAAAGAGAUAUGGGGGUCAAGUUGUCUGGUCUGAGGCUUCUGUGCAAUCAAGGGAGGAAAUUGCAAACAAAGUGUGGCAAGAAACUGGUGCUAUCUUUGUUCAUCCCUAUAACGAUGGCCGCAUAUUGAGUGGUCAGGGUACCAUAUCCUUGGAGCUUCUGGAACAAGUUCCACAAAUAGAUACUCUUGUAGUUCCCAUAAGUGGUGGUGGUUUGAUAUCAGGAAUAGGGGCAGAUGAUGCUGCACAAUCCAAAGUAGCCGGGAGGAUAAUAACGAUGGCCAAGACAAAUACUAUAGCUGAUGGCCUUCGAGCAUUUCUUGGGGAUUUCACAUGGCCUGUAGUGCGAGAUCUUGUCGAGGAAGUUAUAACUGUGGAAGACAGUGAAAUAAUCAAAGCCAUGAAACUUUGCUUUGAAAUUCUUAAGGUUGUUGUUGAACCAAGUGGUGCAAUUGGUCUUGCUGCUGUCCUAUCUGAUACUUUCCAGAAAAAUCUUGCUUGGAAGGAUUGCAAACAUAUCGGAAUAGUAGUUUCAGGAGGGAAUGUUGAUCUGGGCAUACUUUGGAAUUCUUUGAACAAAUGACAAUGGAUUCUUUUGUUUUACUUGUGUGAACCUUCAUUGCUCUAGAUAUAAGUGUUAUUUCAUUAAUGAUGUAGCAGUGUCGUGUUGAUAUGUUUACUUCAAUGCUACUUGUUAAAUUUAUUUUUUUCAAGAAUUGUGUGGACUAAUAUUUUAUAAAAUAAAAAAAUGUGGGAACCCUUCCUGUUAGAGCUU